CAGAGAGAACCCUCUGUUUUUGCAAGUUUUUGCUACAAAAGGCCAACACCUUUAGAUCAAAUCACAUCUGGAAAAACUUGGAUCUGGAGAAACUUUGUUCACCUUUUUAUUUCCGAUCAAAAUUAGGGUUCAGAGUAUUUCCAAGAGCACAAGAAGUUGACGACAAUGAACACAAGAGGAAAUUACUCUAAUGGUUUUACUUCAAAGUUCUUUAAACCGUACCUUCCUAGUGAAUCCGGUGAUGAUCUGGUACUACCCAUUUCUUUCAACAGCUGUUUACCAAAGUCUUUGCCUAAAACUGUAACUGUUAGAAGCAUUUCUGGAAACAUUUGGAAAUUAGGGUUUAAGAAAUGUGGUGGUGAGGUUGAGAGAUUUGUUAUGGUUAGUGGUUGGAAGAAGAUUGUAAGGGACGAAAACCUGAACGGUGGAGAUCUCUUGUCAUUUGAGUUUGAUGGCUCUCAUUUUUUUAAUUUCUCUAUCUUUGACCAUGAGACUACGUGUAAGAGGCUUAAGAGAAGUUCAGAGCAAAGCAAGGACAUCAUCAAAGUGGGAUCUGAUUGUGAAGAAGAAUCUCAGGCUAGUGAUGAUGUUAUCGUUCUUAAUAGUGAUGAUUCUGACGAUUCUGAUAAUGAUUAUUCUGUUGAGGAUGAUAAUGUUGCUGAGGAUGAUGAUGGUCUUGAGGAUGAAGUAGAUGUUGAGGCUGAGGAUGGUUAUGAUGCUAAGGAUAGUGAUGGUCUUGAGGAUGAAGAUGAUGAUGAGGCUGAGGAUGGUUAUGAUGCUAAGGAUGAUGAUGGUCUUGAGGAUGAAGAUGAUCUUGAGGAUGAGGAUGACGAAAGGCGGUAUCUGGAUGAUCACGAGAACCCGUACUUUACUAUGACACUCAAUCCGAAGAAGAAGAGCCAAUUGCACAUACCGGCUCAUGUCAUAAGGGACUAUGACUUAACCUUCCCGGAGCGUAUAACAGUCGUGGACGAAAUGGGAGCAUUGGAGAAAGCAAUCAAGAUUCAAAAGAAUGGUUGCAUCUUUGUCAAGGGAUUUGGUAGUUUCAUCAGAAGGAACAAAAUGAAGAUGACUGACAAAAUGAUAUGCGAGCUUAAGAGGACUGGAGGUAAUCUGGUUCACACCAUCAAGGUCAAGAUUAUCAGCGGAUGAUCUCUUCACUAAGCUUUUGUGAGUCUUAUGUGUCUUAGCUGUGAGUGGUUUUUAUUAUGUUACUAAUGGUAAAAUGUCUAUCUUAGGAUUUGGUUUAUAACUAAGGAUUUGGGCGUGAGAGAUGUUUUCAUGUUGAAUUAAGACUUUCUAUAUAGAGUUCAUGUCUCAUUAAAUCUCUCUGUUUUCUCUUGCAACAAACUCUUGAGUUAUGC